AUGGCGGAGUCUGUCUCACAGGACCUCCCUCAAACUAAACCCCAUAUAAACAACAACUCUGAACUUAACCCCUUAAGCAACUCACUCCAAGAACUCGAAAAAAGUCUGACAGAAUGUGACACACAGAGUAGCGAGGAAAGCUUGAUAGUAGCCGCCAAAAUCGGAUCCGCUUUACUCCAGGAAAACAACUACUUAAAAAAUGAAAAUCGUAGACUCCAAGACAAACUGAAUAGUCUAGAAGCCAAAGUAGAGGAGUUAGAAAACUGCGAAGGAAAGUAUGUCGCACAUAUGGAAAGGCUCCAAGAAAAGAUAUCCGAGCUCGAAGCACAGUUGACCAAGGAAAAACUGUAUGUGGUUGAAGCACAAACUAUUUUUGAGGACCAUGACGGAAAACAGAUCGAACUUAUUAAAGACUAUGAAAAUAAGAUUGAAGAAUUAGAGAGUAAAAUUAUGACACUGCAGCAACAUACACCUGAAAAAACUGACAGGAGGCUCAGGACUACAGGAACUCAAACAUUGGCCCCUGACUAUCAAACAAAUAAUACCUUCCCCUCAGUUCUCUUGGAAAUCGGACUCUUAAAAAACAGCCAUAAUGCCAUGGAAGAAAAGUUUUAA